AUGGCUAAACUUUUAAAUGCGCCCCCCACUUCGAGGCUCUCUCGUCAACGAUCUACUUGCUUUCUUCUGGACUCUGCCCAUGUUAAAGGCUCAGACUUUGUUGAGAUGCUCCAUCUUAUUGGUUACCCUGGAGCACAGGAUCUUAAAGGGGAGGAUUUUGAUUGGCUCUGUGAAGGCAGUGAAGAGUUAGAGGUCUUUCUAAGCUGGCUUUGUAGCGCUGUGGAUCAGAAAAAUGUCUUAACCAGUGAGCAAUUGGAGGCUUACGAUGCUCUUCUAGACUCUGGACAACCUCUUCUAGAAGCAGAUGAGCUUCAAGACCUCUGCCAUGGUGCGAAUGAAGCAGAAGGGGACUCCAGGACUGAACAUACAAAAAGCUUGGAGGAACUCGAAGCGGAGCUACAGAGCUUGCAAACCCUCAAAGCUCAUCGACUGCAAUGCCGCAACAAGUUGGAGUCUUUGGGGUUGACAUUGUUCCACAGUCGUUUGUCCUUGGAGAAGGUGGAGAGGCAAGAGGAGAAGUGUCUGAGUAACACCAAGGAAGAACUUUCAACUCUAAACUCGAGGUGCAAUGCAGCCUUGGUGAGACUUCGAGAGAUGGCAACAGAGCUUGGAGACUAUCACACUGGCAAGUCUUGCCAGGGUAUCUUCCUAUCUUCUGUUGACUUGGAUGGCUACAUAAAACUUGAAGAAACAUGCUGGAAACAAGUGGAACAGAAUGCCAUGGAAGCGUUGCCUGUAAAAGAGGAAGAUCUGGAGAAAGAAAGGAAAGCUCACACAGAGAUGGAAAAGGAAAGCAACAGAGUUCGAACGGCAUGGUCCUCCCAGAAAAUACAACUAAGCUUUGCACUUGCUACCCUCAAUGGUAAUAUGGAGGCUUUAAAAUGGCUGGAUAGGAAUGUGGGAGAACAGGUUUGGGAUCCUCAACGUUUGCCUUUGAUGGAGAGGGAAGUACAGAUGCUAGAGGCUGAGGUGGAAAGUUUGCAGUUGCAGAGACUACCUCCGCUGGUCUGCGAGGCUUCAGUGGGGCUAUGCCUACAUGCCCACCAAGGCUGGGUUCAUACCGAGAGACAGAGGCUGGCAUGGAUAGACCAAGAACAAGCUCCAGUGGCGGAGGCUGUGCUCUCUCAGCUGUCUCGUCUGCAGCUGGUAGAGUUGGGCCUGCAGGUUGAAAUGAGGGAGUAUCACCGAACUGAGAGGGACCUUCGAACGUUGAAGACCGACAUGGGCAGCCUAGUCGGUGAACUUGGAAGGAGAAUACUCGGGCCAAGAGAACCAUGGACUACACCUCAGUGGCUGCCACCGAUACGAGUUGACAGCAAAGACCACACAGCCGUCAGGCUCUCGGUGAUGCUGGAGAACCCAUCAAGGCAGAAAGAGCUGUUUCCAAAGUAUGAAGCCCUCCAGCGCCAAGCUGGUGCUCUUCUUCAGGAGAUGACCGCACUGAGUACCAUCCAUGACGGGCCCCUUCCGCAGACCUCCAGCUUGGAACAUUGCUGUGAGGAGCUUCAGCAUUGCUUGUGCCGUGGAACACGGAACUUGCAACUGAGAGACCCGACCCUCACCCAGGCCUUUGAAGCUCUCUACUCCGGUGUCGCACAGUUUAAUCAGUGUUGUCUGGAAUGCCUUCGGGAUCUGGAAAAGAAGAAACAGUCCAUUCAAACUUCUUAUUUAGAGCAGGAGAGGCAAUUCUAUGUUCUCUUCUACCAGAACUCUACUCUGCUGGCCCAACUGGUGCAGGACAUGGAACAGCGGGUGAAGGAGCUACAGACGGACUGA